GCCGCCGAAGGAAGGUUGGGGGAGGAGUUGGGAGUUUAGCGCAGUCGCCGGAGUGCGAGGACAACGACCAUCCGGCCAGAGCCUACCCCGGCGGGAACGGGGAGCUUCCCUUUCUCACAGCGGCCCGCCGUCGGCUCCUCCUUCCGUGGCCUCCUCCCUGCGCCGGAGGAGCUGCGAGAUGCUACGCCUCUGAUUCCCCUCCUCCCGCCCCUGUCACCCAGAAGGGGAACGAGCGCUCGCCCACUCGCCGGAGGAGACGGCCCUGGCCUCCCUACCCCGCCGGCGAAACCAUGAGCUCCGGCCAGCAGCAGCCGCCGCCGCCGCGGAGGGUCACCAACGUGGGGUCCCUGCUGCUCACCCCGCAGGAGAACGAGUCCCUCUUCACCUUCCUCGGCAAGAAAUGUGUGACCAUGUCUUCGGCAGUGGUACAGUUGUAUGCAGCAGAUCGGAACUGUAUGUGGUCAAAGAAGUGCAGUGGUGUUGCUUGUCUUGUUAAGGACAAUCCACAGAGAUCUUAUUUUUUAAGAAUAUUUGAUAUCAAGGAUGGGAAACUAUUGUGGGAACAAGAGCUAUACAAUAACUUUGUAUAUAAUAGUCCUAGAGGAUAUUUUCAUACCUUUGCUGGAGAUACCUGUCAAGUUGCUCUUAAUUUUGCCAAUGAAGAAGAAGCAAAAAAAUUCCGAAAAGCAGUUACAGACUUGUUGGGACGACGACAAAGGAAAUCUGAGAAAAGACGAGACCCCCCAAAUGGUCCUAAUCUACCCAUGGCAACAGUUGACAUAAAAAAUCCAGAAAUUACCACAAAUAGAUUUUAUGGUCCACAAAUCAACAAUAUCUCCCAUACCAAAGAAAAGAAAAAAGGAAAAGCUAAAAAGAAGAGGUUAACUAAGGCAGAUAUUGGAACACCGAGCAAUUUCCAACACAUUGGACAUGUGGGUUGGGAUCCGAAUACUGGCUUUGAUCUGAAUAAUUUGGAUCCAGAAUUGAAGAAUCUUUUUGAUAUGUGUGGAAUCUCAGAGGCACAACUUAAAGACAGAGAAACAUCAAAAGUUAUAUAUGACUUCAUUGAAAAAACAGGAGGUGUUGAAGCUGUUAAAAAUGAACUACGAAGGCAAGCACCACCACCUCCACCACCAUCAAGGGGAGGGCCGCCCCCUCCUCCCCCGCCUCCACAUAGCUCGGGCCCUCCUCCCCCUCCUGCCAGGGGAAGAGGGGCUCCUCCUCCACCACCUUCAAGAGCUCCCACAGCUGCACCGCCACCACCGCCUCCAUCCAGGCCGGGUGUAGGAGUCCCUCCACCACCGCCAAACAGGAUGUACCCUCCUCCACUUCCAGCUCUUCCCUCCUCAGCACCUUCAGGGCCUCCACCACCACCUCCACCUCUGUCAGUGAGCGGGUCAGUGGCACCGCCGCCUCCGCCUCCGCCUCCGCCUCCACCAGGGCCACCACCUCCCCCUGGCCUCCCUUCUGAUGGUGACCACCAAGUUCCAACUCCUGCAGGAAGCAAAGCAGCUCUUUUAGAUCAAAUUAGAGAGGGUGCUCAGCUAAAAAAAGUGGAACAGAACAGUCGGCCAGUGUCCUGCUCCGGAAGGGAUGCACUUUUAGACCAGAUACGACAGGGUAUUCAACUGAAAUCUGUAACUGAUGCCCCAGAGUCUACACCACCAGCACCUGCACCCACUUCAGGAAUUGUAGGUGCAUUAAUGGAAGUGAUGCAGAAGAGGAGCAAAGCCAUUCAUUCUUCAGAUGAAGAUGAGGAUGAAGAUGAUGAUGAAGAUUUUGAAGAUGAUGAUGAAUGGGAAGACUGA